CUUUGCCCCACUCCGCCCCACCAACACCAUCAUCACCAUUGUCGCGCAGCAGCGAGCAGAUUCCUCCUACAAUAUUUUGCAUCCAGCCUUCAACAUGACGACCACUUCGAUGGUUAAGCCCAAGUUCCUCUCCCAGCCCGACCAACUCGGCGUCGUGGCAGUCGGCUUCUCGGGCGGUCAAUGCAAACCAGGAGUCGACGCUGCGCCCUCGGCGCUGAUCGCAAGCGGUCUGCUCACGCAACUGCACACUGAGCUCGGAUACAACCUCCACCAUGAUAACACGGUGCACUCGUACAAAGAGCUCAUGCCCGAAUCCGACCCCGAUGUGCGCGGGAUGAAGAACCCUCUGGCCGUGUCCGCCGUGACGCAGAAGCUCUCGGAACAGGUCUACACGCAUGCGAAGGAAGGGCGCUGUGUGCUUACUCUCGGAGGCGACCACUCGAUUGCCAUUGGCACGGUCAGUGGGACUGCUAAAGCGAUCCGGGAGAGGCUGGGCAGGGAGAUGGCGGUUAUCUGGGUGGAUGCGCACGCGGAUAUCAACACACCAGAGACGAGUGAGAGUGGGAACAUUCACGGGAUGCCCGUGUCCUUCCUGACAGGGCUUGCGAAGGAGAAGAGAGAGGAUAUUUUUGGAUGGUUGAAGGACGAACACAUGCUUAGUGUAAAGAAGCUGGUAUACAUCGGUCUGCGAGAUGUGGAUCGCGGGGAGAAGAAGAUCCUGAGGGAUAACGGCAUCUGCGCUUUCAGCAUGCAUGACAUUGACAAGCACGGCAUUGGCAGGGUCAUGGAGAUGGCUCUGGGAUACAUCGGGAACGAUACGCCGAUCCACCUCUCCUUCGACGUCGACGCACUGGAUCCCUUGUGGGCACCGAGCACCGGCACACCCGUCCGAGGCGGCCUGACCCUCCGGGAAGGGGACUACAUUGCGGAAUGUGUACACGAGACGGGAUCACUGAUCGCAGUGGAUCUGGUGGAGGUCAACCCCACGCUGGCCCCUGGCAUCAAUGAUAUCGGAGCGCAUGAGACGGUCCGAGCUGGUUGCUCGAUAGUCCGAUGCGCACUGGGAGAAUCUCUGCUGUAGAUAUUGUAUUGGAACUUGGGUCGGAAUGAUACUAUUAGGGGAGGGGAGACGCUUUUUUGGAUGGGCCUGGCUGGGGUUGUGUUAAAUUGGAUGGGUUGGGUUGGGAUGGGUUGCAUUGGAUUUGGAUGGAUCGCGAGAGAAC